AUUUGAAAUAAAUCCGACAUUCCAUAACCAUUCCGUCAGUGUUAAGCUGAGGGAGAGAGCCCCCAUUCGCAUGGAGAAUGUAGUCCAAUGGAACGAAAUAUGUUUAGACAAUCAUUCUAGAAUUUCAAAGAAUACCCGACGCAUUCAGACGGACAAGAGUUGCGGAUCAAGACUAGUUGACACCUGCACGUUGCUUGAGUCUCCAACAGCCUGUCAUCAUUCAAACCACCUUGGUGCGAGAAACAGUGAGCUCCUCUCACCUUGCGUUAGGAUUAGGUACAUCACUGAAAGAUUGUCAAAACUUUCGAAAAUCCAGAUGAAAGUCUUCGAUUUCGCAUGGGACAUUAUACUCCUUUCUGUACAUUUAUCUAGACCUAUACUUGAACUCCGAUGAUCAUAUGCCCGGAUCUUACGCUUGUUUUCGAGUUUGUGACCCACCCCUUGGGUGCUCCUCUGUGUGAGUAAUGCUUGGGGGAAUGUGACCAGUUGAUAGCAUGUGCCACACUGGGAAUAAGACCUAAAUGACAAAUGCGAUAGCGUAAACCCUUUCACUGAUCAGUUCACGAGGUGCGUUUAUGUAAUUGAUGACUAAAAAGAGAUUUCUUCCCUAUUCUUGUGAAGUGGAUUCAUGGAUUCUUGUGGAUAUUCUAUUUGGAAAACCAGAGUUUGUUUUCAAAGUGCUCACUUGCAGGUGGACCCAAUGUUGGAAUUAUGUUGAAUUAACACUGCAGAGUUUACUAGUCAGCAUCGUAAGCUGUAAGACUUUUGAAGAUAUAUCCACGUAAUAAUUAUCAAAGAUCCAAGGUAACAAUGUCUCCCACACACCCACUGACGUCCAUCAUCUUCUUGAUUUUCUCUGCCGAUGUGAUGGCCAUGCCUAUGAUAGACAGAGUCCCUUCAAAUGUCACUGUUAGACAAGGUCAGGACGCCCUCUUCGAGUGCAGAAUAAGGUACUUGAUAGGAGGCGAGGUCAUGUGGAUCAGGGGUCUUUCGGGACAGCUCAUCAGCAGCAACACCGAAGUGUUACCAGGUGCCACGCCCACCGCUGGUCAAUACACUAUCGAAUCAGACGUGAGGAGGGGUGAAUACAAUCUAAGGAUCUCCCAGGUACAAGCCGGCGAUGCGGGAGAGUAUCGAUGUUACUAUCAUGCGGGAAAUUACUUUGGAAGCCAUGGAGCUUAUCUGGAGGUGCUCCUCCCACCUCCUGAAAGAUACCCUGAAUGUUCCGUACAGCAUAGCAAUAUAAACCUUGCUGUUGGGGACACAGUUCAGUUUGUGUGUCUUUCACAUCAAGGUGUACCACCUGCGUCUCUUACUUGGUACAAGAAUGGUCAGUCGGUUGGACAGGUAUACCACGAGGUCAAUGAGCUUGAGAUAGUGCUGGACUCUUUCGAUAUUGAUGCCGAGUACGAGUGUCGCGCAGAAAGCCCUGCCAUCACGCAACAACGGAGGUGUACGACGCAAUUAGCACUUGAUAGUCCUAUGGUCGUCAUCCAGCCUUAUAACCAGAAAGCCGAGGAGGGUGACACAGUGACGUUUCUUUGCAACAGAAGAGAUAAGCCUAACGAGCACAGGUUUACUUGGUUCUUCCGAGGCGAACGCAUAACUUCGGCAUCAUCAAGUAGGUUUAAUAUCAGCGAUUAUAACAGGGCUUUGACGAUCAAGAAUAUAACUGCAGCAGACAGUGGCGAUAAUAUCAAGUGUGUGGUUCCCGUCCUUUCUUAUAGGUUUACGGGUACAGCUAACCUCAUGGUCAGCAUCAUCACUGGGGAAGUUGUUGGAACCUUGCCACCACCAAGAUUAAUCACAGAUUCACCAACAGAUCAGGAAUCUUCUUCGAUGGGUAGAAAAGGUGAACAAGAUGUUUCCAGUCCUGGAAUGUCUGUGGGCGCUGAUGAAUCGCAAUCGCCAGAUAAAACAGCCCUGUUCGUAAUUCUUGGUGCAGGUGGCGGGUUGUUCAUUGUCAUAUCAGCUAUAGUUAUUAACUUCGUCGUCAUCAGGAGAAAGAAACACAAGAAAGAUCAGCCGAACCCCAAAUCGAACAUCAAACCUGUUGCCUCUGGGUUGUCAUUGAUGACUACAAAAGAUUCCGAAAGGUCUCUGUCAAGCUCUGAUUCCGUCGGCACAUCAAAGACGGCAGUGACGACGGUUACAGCGGCGCCAUGCCCGAAGAAAGAUCCUCAUCCGAAAUCAAAUAAGACAGAUAAAUGUCAGUAUGCUGAGUUGGAUUCAAACGGGUUAAGAUUGAGCGAAUACCAAGGUCUCAAUGCUCCUCCAAUGACCAUUUAUGCCGAACCUAUCAUAACACCAACAAGAUUGGUUCCCAGGCCUGAACAUCAAGAUGGUUUCCAUGACUACGCAUUACCGGACAUCUUGCCAGAGCUGGAAGCACCUCAAGAAGAGUAUGUUGAACCUGAUCCACCUCCUAGAAGCAAAAAGGAAGAACCUGAACCGCAAACACUUACGACUAAAGAAGCACCCAAGCCAGAGGAAAAGAAACUUUCUCAACAAAGUCCUGAUGGUGUUUACAUCGAAAUUAUAGCUUGAUUGACGAGCUUUCAGGGCUAUGUUAACUUUUUAAAAUGAAGUGAUGAUAUUUAGGAAUUCAUUUGAACAAGGACAGAUGACGACAGCAAUUAUAAUCCGAUCGGGGAAUGUUGAUGUAUAGAAUCUAUCCAUUGACAAAGAGGUCAAGUUGCCGAAGAGUAUAAAUUGAAGUAAAAAUUAUCCACUCAUAAAUUAGCCCAUUUCGUUCCGAAUCGAAGAAAAUAUAAUGGAAAGAUAUAUACAUGUAGAGUAAUAAGUAAUACAUGCGUUUAGAAAAAAGUCAACGAUUCACGUAAAAAAUCUGUAGAAGGUUAUCUAGUCAACUUGGUCAAAGUAUUGCUAAGUACUGAGAUGAAUAAGUUCUCAUUUUUUGAUAAAUUAUCCUUUCAAAAUAUUUGACAUCUUAAGUUAAAAGUGACGCUGGAGCGGGCGGAAAUGAGUUAAAGCCUGAGUUUUUGGUAUGAAGUUUCAAUAAUGUGAAUUGUAGUGAGUAAACUUUGAUCUGAUAAUCAAAUCAUACAAGAGAGUAGUGACCGUUUUUCUUCUGUUGAUUCGAUAUCAAAGUACCCUUUUCUUUUUUGCUAUUCCAGCUAUUAACGUAGCACUUAAGGGUGUAGUAUAUUUAUUCAUAAUACUUCGUCAGGUGCCAAUUCCACAAUUAUGUUAAUAAUUUGUAUAUAUCGUUAUUUUGUACAUAUCUAAUUAUUUUGUGUAAAACCCCAGUGUAAAUGAAAUGUAACAUAGUAUAAAAAAUAAAGCAGGCAAACAGAAAGUUCAUUAA